AUGAGCCAUGCUGCAGGGCUGCUGGGAACAGCCGGAGGCCACCUGGUUGUCAGCACCUGGCCACAGCCCAGCCCCCCAUCAGCCAUGCCAGACCUGCAGGUGGACCGGGUGGAGAACACAACCCAGAGUGCCCCCCAGCUCUUCCUCAUGAGCCCGCUGGCCCGGGGCAUCUCAGGGGUCUUUGUGUGGACAGCCCUGCUGCUCACCUGCCACCAGAUCCUGCUGCACCUGCGCUCCUAUACGGUGCCGCUGGAGCAACGCUACAUCAUCCGCCUGCUGCUCAUAGUGCCCAUCUACGCCUUCGACUCCUGGCUCAGCCUCCUCCUCCUGGGCGGCCACCCCUACUACGUCUACUUCGACUCAGUGCGGGACUGCUACGAAGCCUUUGUCAUCUACAGCUUCCUGAGUCUGUGCUUCCAGUACCUGGGGGGUGAGAGUGCCAUCAUGGCUGAACUCCGCGGAAAGCCCAUUCCGUCCAGUUGCUUCUAUGGCACGUGCUGCCUGCCGGACAUGUCCUAUUCCAUCGGCUUCCUGCGCUUCUGCAAGCAGGCCACCUUGCAAUUCUGCGUCGUGAAGCCAGUCAUGGCCCUGACCACCAUCGUCCUGCAGGCGUUCGGCAAAUACCACGAUGGGGACUUCAACAUUCACAGUGGCUACCUGUACGUGACCCUGGUCUAUAACGCCUCCGUCAGCCUGGCCCUCUACGCCCUGUUCCUCUUCUACUUCGCCACCAAGGAGCUCCUGCGACCCUUCGAGCCCAUGCUCAAGUUCCUCACCAUCAAGGCCGUCAUCUUCUUGUCCUUCUGGCAGGGGGUGCUGCUCGCCCUGCUGGAGCGGUGCGGGGCCAUCCCCGCGGCGCAGACGGGCGAUGGCGGCACCGUGGAGGCUGGCACCCUGGCGGCCGGCUAUCAGAACUUCCUCAUCUGCAUCGAGAUGCUGUUUGCAUCCAUCGCCCUGCGCUACGCCUUCACCUGCCAGGUGUACUCGGAGAAGAAGGAGAACUCCCCAGGACCCUCGGCUCCCAUGCAGAGCAUCUCAGCGGGCCUCAAGGAGACAGUGAGUCCCCAGGACAUCGUGCAGGAUGCCAUCCACAACUUCUCCCCAGCCUACCAGCAGUACACGCAGCAGGCCACGCACGAGACCCCUGGGCCCGGCCAGGGCAUGCACCCCUCGCCUGGCACCUACCUGGGUGGUGGCGGCAGGAGGAGCCGGAAUGUGGAGAAACGGAUGCUGAUCCCCUCGGAGGACCUGUAG